AUGUGCAGAGGUCAUAAGUCUAAAGAGACUGCGACACAGGCGCGCCCGCACUGCCCGGAAGAGGACCGGUGCCUCACAGGCCCGCUAGCCCCGACCCCGGCCCACAGCCAGAAGACUCGCAAGGAGACGUGGGAGGAGAACCUGGCCCUCAGGAGGCAGCUGGCAGACGUCCAUCAUCAGCUGCGGAAUCUAAAGGAGAACUACACGGAGGAGCUCUCCUUCUGGAGGAGGCGGGCGCUGGAGCUGCAGCUGGAACUCACGGCGGAAAGGCGUACCCACGGAGGCGACAAGUCCAAUGGAGACCUUUCGCAGCUCGAGCCCAUGCCGCCCGCGGCGGAGGAUUCGCAACUUCGCCAGGCGCAGCAGCAAGUGGCCAAGCAGCUGGAGGAGCUGAAGGCCAGCAAAGAGGAGGCGGAAGCGAGACUGGCGCAGAGCGAGCUCUUGUCGGAGCAACUGCGGGACCAAGCCUCUCAACAGGCAGUGGAGCUCCUGACGCGGGAAGGCUUGGAGCCGGCGGAGACCUUCGCGCCCAAUCCUUAUAUCAAUGCAAAAAGCGCAGAGCAGCAGAGCUAUGCGCACGGCUGGCGCAUGGCUGUUGCGGAAACGGUCAUCACGUGCUCUUUGCCCUACUUGCCGGAGGAUGCAGACUUCCAGGAGGGCUGGAACACGUCGGAUUGCGGCUUGGUGCUCGGCUUUGCAGCCCUUGCCGCAGCGUUGGGCUACGGGGUCCACGGUCCGCUGAUCGACCGCUUCGGGGUCGUCUUUGGCCUUUCUGUCGCUCUGGGAGGCUGCAGCUUGGGCGUGGCCUUGUUGGCCACGGCUGAGACGCAGGCUGCCUUCGUCUUGGGCAGCAUCCUCGUGCGCUUCUCCUACGCUGCUGGCUGGCCCGCGGAAAUGAAGGCGCUGAAGCUGCUGGUGCCAGAGGAGUACCAGGGCAUGGCGGUGUCGGCGCUGGGCUUUGCCUCCCGCGGUGGGGCCAUCCUUGGCCGUGGCUUCUUCGGAGUUUUGCUGCGAAGCUUUACCUGGAGGCAGAUCGCCUGGCAGGCUGCGCAGCUCCUCUUCGUUGCCGGAGGAAUCGCAGUGCUCGUGAUGCGAGGGCUCCUGACUUCGGCGAGCAAGGCACCAGAGGCCAGAAGCCAGAGUCGAGCAAUCAGAGAUAUCUUGAAGGAGCCAUCGGUAUGGCUGGUGACGGGAGCCUUUGCCUUCCUCUGCCAUGUGCAGCACGCCGACGACUUCAUGCCCCUCCUCUUCCAGGGGCUUACGAAGUCCAAGAGCGUCGUCUUGUCCUGCGUUUAUCCAGGAGCCCGGAUCUUUCUGCCGGCUGCCUGUCUUCCUGAAUGUAAUGAAGCAAGCAAGGCUUGCAAAGAUAGAGGAGAGCACGCAAGGCGAAAGCCAGCAAAUUGGCCCUCAUCGCAGAGGAGCUUAGCAAAUGACACAGCACUUCUUGCGUCUAGCUCCAGGCUUGCUUCUGUUGCUGCUACAUGA